GUCCAUUUCAGAUUUUCCUCCUCUCUUUACUUGAUUUCUGAGAACUAAUGGCCUACCAAUACCGCAACGAUCUCCUCGCCCCCUUCCUCGCCCUUCCCCAAGGCGACAAGGUCCAGGCUGAAUAUGUCUGGGUUGAUGGUGACGGUGGCCUUCGUUCAAAGACCACGACUGUCAGCAAGAAGGUGACCGACAUUGGUCAGCUUCGAAUUUGGGACUUUGACGGCUCCUCCACCAACCAAGCCCCGGGCAACGAUUCCGACGUCUACCUCCGUCCCGCCGCCAUCUUCAAGGAUCCUUUCCGUGGCGGUGACAACAUCCUCGUCCUCGCAGAAACUUACAACAACGAUGGAACUCCCAACAGGACAAACUUCCGUCACCAUGCCGCCAAGGUGAUGGAGCAGGCAAAGGACGAGGAGCCCUGGUUCGGUCUUGAGCAAGAGUACACUCUCUUCGACGUCGACGGCACCCCCUUCGGCUGGCCCAAGGGUGGUUUCCCCGGCCCUCAAGGUCCCUAUUACUGUGGUGCUGGUACUGGCAAGGUCUUCGCUCGUGACCUCAUCGAGGCCCACUACCGUGCUUGCCUCUACGCCGGUAUCAACAUCUCUGGUAUCAACGCUGAGGUCAUGCCCUCCCAAUGGGAGUUCCAAGUCGGCCCUUGCGAAGGUAUCUCCAUGGGCGACCACCUCUGGAUGGCCCGAUACCUCCUCGUCCGUAUCGCCGAACAAUGGGGUGUCAAGGUUUCCUUCCAUCCCAAACCCCUCCAGGGUGACUGGAACGGUGCCGGCUGCCACACCAACUUCAGCACCAAGUCUAUGCGAGAAGAGGGCGGCAUCAAGGCUAUCGAAGCCGCCAUCGAACGAUUAGGCAAGCGCCACGACGAGCACAUCGCCGUCUACGGUGACGACAAUGACAUGCGUCUGACCGGCCGCCACGAAACCGGCCACAUUGGCGUCUUCAGCUCUGGUGUUGCCAACCGUGGUGCAUCCAUUCGUAUUCCUCGACAUGUCGCUGCUCAGGGACACGGUUACCUCGAGGACCGCCGACCAGCUUCCAACAUCGAUCCUUACCGGGUUACUUCGAUUAUCGUUGAGACUGUCUGCCUCAACAACUAAACCCUUCGCGCAUCAUUUCAUUUCAUUCGUAGACAUCUAUCUUCGCAUUGCCAUUUAUGAGAUUGUUUGACCCUACCACCCGUAAUAUGGAUCAUUCGUAAGGACUCUGGGGAUAUCGAGAGAGGGAGGAGGAAAGUAGUUUUAUAAUAUAUAUGUAAUACCACAACCGCGCAUUGUAUGAAUACCCACAACCCAGGGUUUUUGCUUGUCCCCCACGAUUUCUCCUCGCGUGUGAUUUCAAGGGCCUCUUGCCGCUUCUUUCACGUUUAUCAUGUCUUCGGAAUAUGCUCUGCAUUUCUCACCCAUUUCGACCGAAGAAGCUGGAUCGUUCAAACUGCUGGAACUGUCUCAGGAGCUAGCCGCCCUCGUAGAGACCGCGAUCAAGAAUUCAGAUCCCUUGAGCUUGAACAUCAAAGGGAACUCGAACGAGGAUGCCGUCUUGUGCACACGAGACAAAACAUACACCAUUCGCUCUGUCGAUCUGUCCAACACGCUCUUAAUUGUUACACCACCCGAGGAUGCGGCUCAUUCACUGGAACUCGCCGGUAGGGACGACACAGUCGUGAUACGCGACCAGAUCAAUGAAAUUCUAGAACUCGCUCCUGCUGUCCCCAAAAUCCAAAAGCUGAUCUCCCGAAUACGAUCCAGGGAGUACGGAGAGGAUCAGGAAGACGAGGAUGAAACAGAUGACUUGGACAAUGAGGCCCGAUUUACGUACGAACAGGCUCAAGAAGAGAUCCAAGCCAGCGACGUGGAACUCGAUUCAUGCCUUAAGCAACGGAGAAUUCUCGUCAUAAACCGCGAACUGCGUCCCAUUGCGCCAGCGUAUCUUCAGAACAUCCUUGAGCUCAUUUUAAACCUCUUGGUAUCCUUGUCCCAGCCCCACUCCAACGCGUCGGUGGAGGCUUUAACUUCAUCUCUCUCCGAUGA